AAAAUGAAAAGAAAAAGAGAAAAAUCGUUGUCUCCUUACAAGAUUUCACUUCAAACCAAGCCAUAUAUAUAUAGAUAGACCUAUAUAUCUAUCAACAAAGACGACGACAUUUACAUUAUUGUCGUUUUUGUUUUAUCACAUAUGGAAUUGGAAAUAACAGCACUAGCAAAUCACGGCAUACUAGGGUUGUCAUCAGAGAGAUUCAGAGCUCUGGGGUUGGACGAAGCUGGGAAAACGACAUCAUCAUCAUCACAAACUACUACUCCUCAAGCUUUGGUGGUGAUUGCUUCUCUGCUUGAGAAAUGUAUUCGGAAGAACGAGAGGCUGAUACGGAGAUGGAGAAAAGACGACGUCGUUUCGAUCUUCCAUGGCUCCGAAGCACCCAGCUUGAGCCUACGGCAGUACCUGGAACGCGUUUUCAACUACUCGAAGUGCAGCACCUCCUGCUUUGUGGUGGCCUAUAUAUACAUACAGAGAUAUUUUCACAAUCGCCCUGCCUUUUCUCUCACCUCUCUUAACGUUCACCGCCUCUUCAUCACCGCCGUUAUGGUCGCUGCCAAAUUCCUCGACGAUCAGUGCGACAACAAUGCGUACUUUGCACAAGUGGGUGGAGUGAGCACAGAGGAAAUGAACGAAUUAGAAAUAGAAUUUCUGUUCAGCCUCGAGUUUAAACUUCAUGUAACAAUCCAACUCUUUGAUAACUACUGUCAGCGCUUUGAAAAAAAGGGUAACAGCAGCAGCAGCGGCGAGUACCGGACCGACCGCCAAAGCAGUGCCCAUGUCCGCCAUCGGAGAAGAAAUAGGGGAAAUGUGUAAAAGAUGAAAGUUUUAAGAUCAAAAUGCCAAAGAAAAUAAAACUCACUCCCAGUUAAUUUGA